CUUGGAAAGAAAGGUGAUCUGAUCUUUUCAGCUGAUCUUCAUUAUAUCUGCGAAAACGGUGAAUAAGCGAAAGAGAUGGUCGAUGAUCUCCCCAAAGAUUUCGAGGCUGGCGCUAGGUGAAUCACAGGCGCCUUUAUUUGUUGCAGUAGUUAUAAUACUUAGUAGUUGUAUUUCGAAUAAGUUCGAAUUAACUGAAUCGAUGGAUUGACUCGCCGACAGAAUGACUUUUCUAGCUAAUCUAGUUCUGAAAUGCGUUCAACGUGAUGUAAUGUUUCUGUUUCUUUAGUUAUAUAGUCAAAGUAUUAAACGACAAAAAAUUAAUUUUACCCGUAUUAACAAAAUGCGUACAGACAUCGACAAAUUGAUCACUGAUUAGCUAAUCAAAGUUCUGAUAUUGAAACACGUUGGAGAAGCAAAAGGGUAGAGAGAAAGAUUGCAAAGUGCGGCAAGUGCAAAAGGCUGCUCCAAGACCGUUGGUCGUUGGCGUGAUCCUCUCUCGAGCGUUCACGUAGUCCCAGACUGCGCAGACAGGGCUCGCGAGUUGUCACGAGCCAUUUUGGUGGAUCAUCGUCCGAGCAGCUGUGCGCAGGAUAAUCGUUCGUUUCGUUUCACUGCGAAAUGUCAACGCUCGCGAUUGCGAGCGCUGCGUCGAGUGCGGUCGUGGUAUCGCGAGGCUGAUAAUCGGACGGUGCGUCUAGCCACGUCGAGCCGACGUGGAAGCGGUUAGAGAAACGUCGUCAUCGUCAUCGUCAUCGUUCGUCGUCGUCGUCGCGGGUGAUGGUGUAAAUCAGGUCGUCCGCAAGAGGGGAACAAAGAACUUGUGAUCGCAAAGCACCUUUUAUUAACCUUGACCUGUUCGUCGACAACAAUUUUGCGACCUGCUGAAGAUGAUGAUGCCUGUGUAAUAGGAAUUUUCCAAGAGUACUUAACUUAUUGUGAAAGACUCAAGAUUGCUGAAAUUUUAGCCAUGUUUUGACUGUAGCAAAAUAUUGGCCGAAUUAAUUCUUUAAAACACAUUAAGAUGUGCAUUUGUCUGGACAUCUAUAACCACUUUUAUUGUGUAUAUCCCAUUGUAUACCUUGGGUGGAAAGUUUAAAUGAGACAAAAUGAGUAGUGAAAAUACAGAAGAAAACCAGCGACCACCUCUGGUCCUGGAGGAGAUAAGUCUCGCUUCGAUGCGACCUGUAUUUCCGGACACAAACAGACGAUGCGUGGACGUAUGGACGGAGAAGAUGAACGAGGGCGUGUUGACGAGUAUCAACUUUAGAGAAUACUGGCGAGUUUGGGUGCCAAAGAUAUACAGCCCAGAACGUAAUGGCAAUUGUCUGGAGUGGGUCAUCGACGAAGACACGGCAAAUAGAAUGCUUCUCAGAACUCUGGAGGAGUUCAUCUGCGGUGGAGAUCCGCAAGUGAUUCUUAAGGAACUCAGUAAGAUGGACAAUCCGCCGUCUAUAUGCGGCAGAAUGUUUAAAAUGGGUGAACCGACCUAUAGCUGCAGGGAGUGCGGUAUGGAUUCUACGUGCGUUCUCUGCGUGGACUGUUUCAAGCAGUCGGCUCAUCGAAAUCACAAGUACAAAAUGGGCACGUCCAACGGAGGCGGAUGUUGCGACUGCGGCGACACGGAAGCCUGGAAGAAGGAACCCUUCUGCAAGACGCACGUGGUGGGAACGCAGUCGAAGGAGUCGCGCGGCAACAAGCUGCCCGGUGACAUCGCGGAAAGAGCGGUAGUGGCUUUCGAAGCGUUAUUGGAUUACUGUUACGAACUACUGACUCUGAGGUACACUGUGGCGUUACCGUCGAAUCUCUGCAUCAGAGAUACAGCGUUUUACUCGCUCACUCUCGAUCAGUUGGACAUUUUCGAUACUUACUGCACUGUACUCUUCAAUGACGAGCAUCAUACUUUUGAUCAGGUGAUAAACAUGCUCACGCGCGUUCUCAAGUGCUCGCAGAAAGAGGCUGUAGAAUAUGUGACUAAUGUCGACAGAGAGGGCAGAGCCGUGAUAAAGUGCUCGAUAUUUCGACACUGUAACGAAUUGCGUGGCGACGUCGAGAAAUUCACAUAUAGACAUAGCAAUCGACCGCUCAAGGUGCUGGUCCUUCAUACUCACAUAGUCGCUCAUCAGACGUUCGCUAUAAGACUGCUCAAUUGGUUGCAACACUUCAUAAGUCAUUGCGAGGGUUUCCGCGUUCUGUUUAGCAACAUCGCUCUCAAUACGAAGUUACCCGACAUGCCGAUUAUUCAGGGCAUACUCACGAGAGAUUCGCAAUUGUGGAAAUCUGCUAGAACAGUGUGGCACAGGUUAUUCAUCUAUGGAAUGCUCAUAGAAUACGAGAGUAAAAAAGCGCUCUCCAUUGAAUUCACUAACAAUUAUGGACCUGUUAUGAAAGAUUUUAUCAAGGACGAUCACGAUCACUCGUUCUCGAUCGUCUCGCUUUCCGUUCAGCUGUUCACUGUGCCGACUCUGGCGCAUUUGCUCAUCGCGCAGCACCAAGCACUGUUCCUUUUACUGACGACAUUCAUGUCCGAGAGUGCCCGGCGAUGUAACGCCGCAGGGAAAUUGGAGUUUGAGAGAAACAUGCCACACCAGGCCUUCAAGCGGGCUCAAUACAUACUUUACGAUCUUCGGUAUUUGCUGAGCGCGAAACCAGAAGAAUGGACCGAUGAUCUGAGACGUGGCUUCUUGCAGGGUCUCUCGCUACUAUUCAACCUUCUUUCCAACAUGCAGUGCAUGGACGCGGUACUUCGACAAGUCGGACAGCAUAUGGAAUAUGAACCGGAAUGGGAAUCGGCGUUCAAUCUACACAUAAAACUGUCGCCGGUCAUCACGUUGGCCUUGGAGUGGUGUAGUUCGGAUCGAGUAGUGCUGAUCAAAUCCUUCAUAUCGCUUCUGAAAAAACUGUACGAGCAGCAAGGAAAUGAGCAGCCGCCGAGCCAGGUGCGAGAGCUGGCGAAUCAUAGCGCAACAUGCUUGCAAUACGAUGUAGCGUCCGAGCCAGUUUCCAUUCAUCUACCGCUCUCGAGAUUCCUCGCCGGCCUGUUCUUACAUCUGGAAAAAUAUAAUUUGCACUUUCAAUCGCCCGAGUUCAGCAAUUCAGUGAAACCGACACCCGAACAGAUCAUCGAACCUGUACUCACGGCACAGGCGAUGAUCUCGCAGGUGCACGCGGGCAUGUGGCGUCGAAAUGGCUAUUCCCUGCUCAAUCAAUUAUAUUUCUAUCACAAUGUAAAGUGCCGCAGCGAGAUGUUGGAUCGAGACAUAGUUUUGUUGCAGGUCGGCGCGUCACUGAUAGAAAGCAAUGAAUUUUUAAUUCACAUCCUAAACAGAUAUAAUCUUUUUAAUUGGGUUCAGCCGGAUUUCGAGGUGAAUGCUUUGAAGAAUCCGGAAGAGGACAGUAUGCGGCAGACGAUCAAUCUGGUAGAGGAGUUCUUAGGUUUGCUCAUUAUGAUUAUUGGUGAGAGGUACGUUCCCGGCGUCGGUCAAGUGACCGUGGACGAUCGUCUUAAGAAGGAAAUCAUACAGCAAUUAUGCAUAAAACCUCUUUCGCACUCGGAGCUGAGCAAGACGCUACCGGAGGAUGUAGUGCACAACGUCCAGAGCGAGUUGGAAAGGGUGAUACACGAGGUAGCAGAAUUCAAAAAACCGGUGCAUACGUCGGCGAAGGGUGUGUACGAACUCAAUCCGAACUUAUAUUCCGAGUAUAACGUGUUCUUUUAUCAUUAUACGAAAGAAGAGCAUAGCAGGUCCGAGGAAGUUCAACGGAAGCGCCGGAAAGCUCAGGGAGAACUGGAAUGCUGUCCGCCGCCGAAGUUGCCUAAAUUGACGGAAUCAUUUAGUUUAAUAGCGAAUCUGUUGCAGUGCGACGUUAUGCUCCACAUUAUGCAGACUGUACUGGAACGUGCGCUGAAUUUCAUAGCUAGAAGUUUUUCCGAACCACAGGUGCACAAGGUAUUGUAUUUGAUCGGCUAUGCGCUACAGGAACAGGAAUCCGGUUACUAUCCUUUCCUAACGUUUCCCGAGCGAGCAGCUAAAUGGAAUAUCUACAAGUUAUUGGAGAAUCUGACCAAUAGCCCGCGCAUGGACGCUCACAAGGAUUUACUCACGUGGGUCUUGGCAAAGUAUCGUCAAGUCGCCAGUUUAACUGGAAAAGAGACUAGUCCAACGCCUCUUCAACCCGAACAGCAGCAACAAGCGGGCGAGACUGAUGCUAACUCCAAUAAAGAAACGGACAAAGAAUGGCGGACGAAAAUGGCAGCUCAGAAACGUGCCAAGAUUAUGGCUCAAAUGGCAGCUAUGCAGAAACAUUUCAUGAAGAAGAACGCUACUCUGUUUGAGGAAGCAAGCUUGGAUACCAUCAGCAAAACCAGUGAUCGCGGUUCCGCCAUGGAUCUGACGGAAGUCUCUUCUCAGGAAGGUUCUCCAGUCGCCGUCGGUAUCAACCAGACUAGCAGGCUGUGCGAGCAGAAAAUGUACACGUGCAUUUUGUGCCAAGAGGAUCAGACUACGACGGAGAAUGGUUCGGCAAUGGUGUUGGCCGCGUUCGUUCAACAAUCAACCGUCUUGUGCCAACGUCACGGCGAUUUUCAAGAGCCCGAUCCGCUGUAUCUGUCGGCGAAAUUAGGCAUGUCGCCGCACACGAGUACAUGCGGCCACGUGAUGCACGCUCGCUGUUGGCAGGAUUACGUUGACAAUGUGCUCGCCAAAGAGAACCGGCGACCUUAUCGAUCGCGACAACAGGCUAGCUUCGACGCGGAGAACCACGAGUACCUCUGUCCGCUGUGCGAGUGUCUCAGUAAUACCGUUCUCCUAGUCGUCCCGCCCUUAAAAAUGUUGCAACCGACCCCGGAACCUCAGCCGGACAUCUCUUUCGAGACGUGGCUGAAGGUAAUGGCGCUUACGAUGGAGUGCAAGCCGAAUAGAAAAUUUGGAAAGGAUGAGGACGAGGGAUGCGCUGGACUGGAGGAUGAAAAGAUAAUCAAUCCUAUGACGGUUCUCCUUCAGCAGCUUGGAAAUUGCGCCUGGGAAUCAUUUCAGACGCAAUAUUCGCGAUCCGGGCCACAUCUCGCCCGUAGAAUGGAGGCCAUGAUCAACAUGUACGCCUCACUUUUCGCACACAACACGUACAAGGGAUUCGGUAGUUUCGAUGGUGAUCCGAAGGUGCCUUUGUUAGCCUGGAAAUCAGUAUCGUAUACGAUCCAUGCGAUAGAAUUUCUGUUGCGCGAUCUGGACAAACCACUGCUGGGCGCCAUGACCUCCCGACAAAGCGACAGUCUAGAGAGUCUCGUACGACUAUCGGCUCUUCUCGGUGCGAGUUUUUCGAACCGUGCAAAUCUUUGGUCGCAGCGUGAUCAAAUCAAAACGUAUGCAGCGUCAUUGUUAACGAUAUUGAUAGAGGCCCCGUCCACUGGACCCAGCAUCUUCGACAUCGAUCCGUUCGGAGUAUUGGUGCCGCUUCUCAAUUCGCUACCGAGCAUCUUCCACACGAAGGCGCACGAGGCUACCCCGAAGUCGCCGCCCAUCAUUACGGGUGACGUAUUCGAUUCGUACGCGCUCAGGCUCGUGUUUCUGUGUCACAUAGCGAAAAUUCUGUAUACAUCCGACUUCACCGACGCGAUGGAACUAGAUAGUCACGAAACGGAGGACGAUGACAACGAAGAGGAGGAGAACGCUGUCGAAGAUAAAAUGGACUUUGCGCUGUUCCAUAUUCUAGGUGUGCACUACGACAAACAAAGAGCCAGCGACGUAUGGCGACGAGUGGAGGCUGCCUGUCGACCUUUCCUCCGAUGUUGCGCUAUUUACUUUCAUUAUGUAACUGACGUGCCACCGCCGACUGAAUUAACACAGGUGCGCGGUGACACUUACGAGAAACUCUGCCAGUACUUGGGAUUGCCCACUACCUGCGACGCUUUGAUCUACUCCCAUCUAGAGGUCACUUUAAAGCUGAUGGCCGUGUGGCGAAGACAUUCUACCAUCUGGAAUCACAUGUCGGGUGAGAAGAAGGUAUCGAUUAUCAAGGACCCGUUGAAGGUGAACAAGCUGAUAGAGUUACCGGACGAUUAUAGCGAGCUCAUCAAUUCGAUAUCCCAGUUCACCUGUCCGAACAGCGAUCGGGAAGACUCGCGCAAUCCGACGAUGUGCCUAGUAUGCGGCGAGAUGCUGUGCUCGCAGAGCUAUUGUUGCCAAGUGGAAUUCAACAAGACCCAAGUAGGCGCGUGCACGUUCCACGCGAACAAGUGCGGCUACGGCGUCGGUAUAUUUCUGCGUGUACGCGAAUGCGAGAUUCUGUUCCUGCGCACUCCCAAUCGCGGUUCCUUCGUCUGCCCACCUUAUCUCGACGAGUACGGUGAGACGGAUCAAGGUUUACGACGUGGUAAUCCAUUGCAUCUCUGUCACGAGAAGUACCAGCGGCUGUAUCAUAUAUGGCUCGGUCACGGAAUCCACGAGUCCGUCACCCGGGCGUUCGAACAAUCCUCGAACAAUCUGAUGCCGACCCAGUGGCAGCAUCUAUAACUUCUUGGAAUUCUCCCAACGAUUCUACAGAUCUGACGCUUAGACAAAAAAAAUGUGUGAGAAACGAUUUGAUUUUUACGAAAUCUUUACUUAAGCGAACCUGACAGCCUAAGUAUUAAUCGUUGAUCGUUUACGAUUCGAUUCGCGUUUGCGUUUGAGAUCGAUAAAAUUAAUUUAUUUGGCGCGCGUAUGAAAUACGGCUUUGUACAUUUAAGGAUAUUGGAUAUGUUGGUCUCUUUCCCCUUUACCCCUUUGUCUCCCGUCGCGUUGCAAUCGUUUUCAGAGUUUACAAAAUUUCUAUUUUUAAAUUGUUUCGGAAUUAACAAAAUUUGUAUAUUAUCUGUUAUAUAAAUUAAUAUAACGGCUCUGUUUACAUAUUUAUUAACUAAAGUUGUUGCAUACGUGUUUUAUUGCUUAUAGAUGUUAGUUUGCGACUAACGUGACGCCCCCCAGUGUUUGAUCCAACAUCAAAAAUAAUUAAUUUUUUUGCGAAAAAAAUCUGGGAGUUUUUCUGAGUGUACAAACGAUGGUACCUGUGUUCUCCACGUCACUCCGAAGACCUAGAACAAUGAGCGAAAGAGCGACUGCCAUUCAUCUGCGUCAUUAUUGUGUACAAACCACAGGUCCUCUUAAUACUUUUUGCGUGCGGAAGAGCUCGGUGUGAUGAGCGAUCAUAUUGCGGCAUAUAAAAAAACGAAUGUGAGUCUAUUACAAUUUUAUAUUUAACAGUCGUAAAUUAUUCUAGGUCGACGAGUUUCCUUCUUUCUUUCCUCUCAGUUUUUAUCCCCACUUGACGUUCGCGCGUAAACAGAAUAUGAAAAGAAAAAAGAUGAUUAAAAAAAAAAUUGAUAAUUAAGUAUUGGAUGAAGUAAUUUUUAAAGUUUCAGUGGUGUGUGAAGUAAAUAAUAGUAACAUAACGUUUAUUUCUCUCUCUAUCUCUAUUUCUCGUCGCUAGUCUCUUCUAGAUGCUCCUGGAAGCGAUGUUAACAAGCCGUUCCGGGAUACUGAAGCUCCGGCGUCGUACUUGACUCUUCGUUUGUUCAACGCAUGCGAUUCUGCUGAUUCUUACGUAAACCUGUAAUCGGAUAUAUAAUAGGAUAUAAUUAGAUUUAUUAUUAUUAUUAUAAUUAGAAGAAAUGUGUGUAAAUACCGAGAUUGUAAGAAUUGGUGAAUUUGCUGAGUGCUUGUCUUUCAUUUGUGUCUUUCAUAUCGCGAUUCGCUGCAAGAGGAUGACAAGUUGUAAUUUAUUACUCCUUCAGGUCAAUCUUUAUAUUUCUUUCUCAAUCUUCCCUGUCGUCAGGACUCCCGUCUUCGUGAUUUACGAGGCGACGCGAAUGUCAGAAUGGAUAGAAAAUUAUCAUAUUUUGCGCAAGUCAAUGUCUUCGACAUACGACACGUUGUUGCGUUCAUAUCGUUACACUCGGAAUUGUUUAAACGAAAUUAUAAUGCCUUGCACCCGGUGUUUCUAGCAAUACGCACGAGAGGUUGUGCCGCUGUACAUUAGAUCGCUUAUUGUAAGACUACAAUGCAAUGAUCAAUUAGCGUUUUCAAGUACUUGUGAAGAAUACGUAUAUAUUAUAUACGAAUUGCAUAAUUGCAUAAUAUUUGUUAUGGACAACAGUAUGAUACGGACGUGCACACGUCGUUAAUAUUGUACAUUGAUUUAGAUGUAUUUGUACUAAAAUUUGCAGAGUGUGAAAUGAUGAUUUCAGAAAGCAGUAUAAAUAAUUUGAAACGCUGGAUUUUUGGAAGAUCUUAAUAAAUAGACAUGUUCCAGUAGGUAUCGAAUCUCAAACGUCACAUGAUGUUUGUAUUCUUACCAAAAGUUCUGAUACUGCUAAAAUAGUCCUUAAGGAAUAAGAAUUUACCUCAUACGCGGUCUGAUCCUGAAAGGACAUUAAUUGGAAAUGGUAUAAUGGAAUUGAGGCAACAUUACAUUUGUUUUUCUUUUGAUAUAUAUCAUAUACUUGUUUUUUCAUCGAUGCUUUUCUUCAAACAUUGCUUGUGAAAGAAAAAUGUAAAAUAUAUAGCAAGAAAUUGAUUUAUACAAACCCACGUUAUUUAUAUUCUUCAGAAUUCAAUAAAUUAAUCUUGGACAGAAAAAAAA